AUGAAACGGGCCUCGCCAACGCCGCCUCAGACUUCCGCGCCGCCGACAAGCGCGACCUCGGCCGCCAGGCCGGCCACGCCCGCCUUCAGCGAGGGCGCCGAGACGGGCAAGGCCGUCGGCAAGACGUGGCUCAAGACGUUCGAGGUGGUCCCGCGCCUCGUCUGCCGCGCGCUGCAGUUCGUCUUCGCGCUCAUCGCGUGCGGCUUCUACGGCCACCGCGUCGACGCCGACCGCAAGGACGAGGACGGCAGCGGCGGCUUCUCGCCCGAGUGGCUGUUCGCCGUCGUCGUCGGCGGCCUGUCGGCGGUCACGGCCGUCGCCUUCCUCGCGGCGGCGCCGCUGAGCGCCAUCCCCGUCGUCGGCAGCCGGAUCAAGAUGUUCAAGACGUAUCGCGCCUUUGCGUGGGACGCGACGCUGUUUGUCGCGUGGAUCGUCGUCUUCGGCAUCAUGGCUGGCAUCUUUCUCGGACGCGACAGCGAUGACCCCUAUAAGGGGGCCAGCACGGGCGCCAUGAAGACGGCUGUGUGGGUUGACCUUGUCAAUGCCAUCUUCUGGGCCGUCUCUGCCGCGUAUGGCUGUUUCAAGACGUUCCUGGGGGAGAAGGCCGAUCAGGCGACGGACAAGAUUGGCAAGAAGCUGUUUGAGAAGAAGCAACCGCAGGCGCCUGCCAAGAGCGACGGGUACGCGGAGAGCGUGUGA